AUGGCCUGUACAAUUUACUGUCCCAAAGGAAUCAGGGUAAGACGAGGCCGGCCUGGACCCCCAGGCAAGCAUGGUUCGCCCGGCCCUCAAGGACCUCAGGGGCCUACAGGUACUCAAGGAGAUCAAUGGCCUCCUGGACCUAAAGGCGAUCAAGGCCCUCAAGGAUCCAAGGGCGAUCCCGGUGAAUCCAUCUUAGCCCCUUCUAUUGUGUCACAUCUGGUAUCUAUGGUGGUAAAUGAAAACUGGUAUAGCCUCAUUUCAGUACGAUGUUAAGGGAAAUCCAGCACCUCAAGUCACGUAGCUGAAGCAGAAUUCAAGUCUUCCCGACGACAAAUGAAUUGUUCAAUGACGUGAUGCGUUAAUGAUUACAGAUGUUACGUCACAGGAUCGUGGAGUGUAUACGUGUAAAGCGAGAAAUAUUGUUGGAAUGAUGACUACAUCGGCUACGUUAACUGUCCAAGCUGAGGAAUAGACAUUUAUUACAUUCUGAGGCCCUGGGAAAUGAUUUUUGGGGCACGAGGCUCAGUCAGUAAGCAAAAACAUUGACCACUCUUGUGAAAAUUGAAAUUAAACCACUAAAGGAGCCCAACCUACUGUAGGCAUGGAUCCUGCUCGAUAUGACCCCUAAAAGGAUCCUAAAAAUUAAGGUUACAUAUAUAUCAUGACCUAUGCUUUUUUAAAAAAUACAGCCAAAUCAGAGAUAUCAAAAGAUGCUCAACGAAAGUAAAAACUAAAAGUCAUCUGCAAGCUAACUUAUCGUCUUCCUUGCUGCAUUGAGGUCUUGAUGACCUUUGAAAACGUGUUUAUCCAAAUGAGCUAACGGGUUAUCUUCAAGGGAUAAUCACCCAACACGUUUCUGAUGUCCUAAACAGUAAAAAAACCAAGCCAGGACAGUCUUGUAUCCACGGUUCCUAAGAGGGGUAUUAUCUAAUUUAUCGUCCUGUUACCUUACUUUAACCCCCAGAGAAAACACUUCCCGCAUCAAAUCUUUGUCCUUAUCUUACAUAAUAAUUUGGUGAUAAUGUGUUCAAACACAUUGGGUUAAAUUUGACGUAUUAUUUAAAAGAAUACUUUAUGAUUUUAGUACACUUAAUAAUUCGACAACAAUGUUUUGGUCUAUUCUUUAAUCGACCAUAGAAAUGAAAGGUGUGACCAUUUUGUGAUCAUUUCUAUAGUCGAUAAGAAUACAGACUAAGGAAAACUGUUGUUCGUUUGUUUUAAUAUACAAUUACUUUUUCUCGACGACAAUCUUUUUGGUCUAUUCUCUUAUUGACCAUGGAAAUGCAAAGUUAUGACCAUUUUGUGGUCAUUUCUGUGGUCGAUGAGAAUAUAGACUAAGGAAAACACUUGUCCGUUUGUUUCAUGCAAAAACUUUCACAGAAAAUCGCGCGAGAGAGAAUUGAAAGAGUGAAAAAUUGCACCACCAUUAGAUCAUUUCCAUGUUUUAUUAUCUCAUUGACAAUAGCUCUCGACCAAUCAUCGCACGAAAAAUGGCUAAGUCAUUGCAAAAAGGUGUAGUUUCAACAUAUAAUGCUUACAAAGUCAUUAUGCGAUUACACCAUCGAUCAGUUUUCAUAAUGAGUUAUUCACCCUUAGUACUUUUACAUGUCUCUGAUGUCAAAGCUGUUUCUGUUUUACAGUCCGCGCCUUAAUCACUCAUAAAUCAUCAUCGAUCACAGUGGAAGGAGGACAAAAUGUGAGCCUGCAGUGUAAAGCUACUGGUUUGCCUGCACCAAGGGUCACCUGGCGGAAAGCGUUCAGCAAGUUGCCGGUAAAGAGAAGCUCAAUAGUCAAUGGAAACCUGAGUAUCCGCAGUAUAACUAAAGCAGAUAGUGGGACUUACGCAUGCUCAGCAAAGAAUGUCCUUGGAGAUGACUCCGUUGUCGCUGUGGUGAUGGUGAUUGACAGGCUGUAA